UCUCAAGGGUAACACGAGGUAGCGGCGUAAUAAGAUUUGAACUGCAAGUAUUGUUUCAGGAGAUUUUUGUUGGUUGACUGUAGUACGAUAUAGAAUUAAAAUUGCCCUUUAAACUAGGGCCCUGUUCUCGUGAAGUUUACAUUCCCCUGAGUACCUCUACAAACCCCUACACAAAUUUCUUUAACCUCCCUCCCAUAUUCAUUUUAACUAUGCCAAAAGGAAAGGGCAAAUAGAUCUUUCCUAAAUAAAGGACAGGCUAUUACCAUCGUGGACUGGAUAUUAUGAGAAACUUAAGCUGAGAAGAUUAGGCUUUAGUAAAAAGCAGAAAAGCCUUAAAAACGUCUGACCACAGCCUUUCCAUCUUGUGAUAAUUACAGCUGAGGACAUAAUGUAAUUUCUUUUUACAUCCUUCAUACAGUGGCCUGGUGGAAGUAUGAGAGGCAUUUAGAGAUUUUAUCCUGGAAGUGAAUCCCUCCCAAAGGUUGAAGGAACAGAUAUAACAGGGAUUGAAGAAAUAGUCAUUCCAAAAAAGAAAACAUGGGAUAAAGUGGCCGUUCUUCAAGCACUUGCAUCCACAGUAACCAGGGAUCCUACAGCUGCACCUUACGUGUUUCAGGAUGACCCUUACCUCAUACCAACCUCUGCGAUGGAGUCUCGUUCGUUUUUAUUGGCAAAGAAAUCUGGAGAGACUGCAGCAAAGUUUAUUAUUAAUUCACAUCCCAAAUAUUUCCAAAAGGAUAUAGCUGAGCCUCAUAUACCGUGCUUAAUGCCCGAGUACUUGGAGCCUCAGAUUGAAGGUGUGAGUGAAGCUGCCCUGAAGGAACGAGUCAAACUCAAAAGAGUCAAAGCUUCAGUGGACAUUUUUGACCAGCUCUUGCAAGCAGGAACCACAGUCUCUCUUGAAACAACUAAUAGUCUUUUGGAUUUAUUGUGUUACUAUGGUGAUCAAGAGCCCCCAGCUGACUAUCCUUUUCAACAAACCGAACAUUUGGAAAACUUGGAAGAGGCUGCUGAGGAAAACAACCAAACACCCAGGAUGGAGUCUGGUCUUUGGAAAGCACAAAACAAUGCCGAGAGAAUCUUUGCUCUGAUGCCAGAGAAAAAUGCACGCUCCUACUGCACGAUGAUCCGAGGGAUGGUGAAGCACCGAGCUUAUGCACAGGCGUUGAACUUGUACACUGAGUUAUUAAAUAACAGACUUAGUGCUGAUGUAUACACCUUUAAUGCAUUGAUUGAAGCAAAAACAUUCAUUCCCAAUGAGAAAUUUGAGGAAAAAUGGAAUGAUAUAUUGGAUCUACUAAGACAUAUGGUUGCACAGAAGGUAAAGCCAAACCUGCAGACGUUUAACACAACGCUGAAAUGUCUCCGCAAGUUUCAUUCACUUGGAAGGCUACCAGCCUUACAGAUACUACGUGAAAUGAAACAUAUUGGAAUAGAACCCUCACUUGCAACUUACCAUCAUAUCAUUCACCUCUUUUACCCACGAGGUAGCUCUAUAAAAAUACCAUCCCUUAUCAUCUAUGAUAUCAUGAAUGAAUUAGAGGGAAGAACAUUUUCUCCACAGGACCUGGAUGAUGAUAAAUUUUUCCAGUCGGCCAUGACUGUGUGUUCAUCUCUCAGAGAUUUAGAGCUUGCUUACCAAUUACAUGGUCUUUUAAACACGGGAGACAACCGGAAACUGAUUGGACCUGAUUCUCAGCGUAAAGCGUAUUAUUCGAAGUUUUUCAGUUUGAUUUGUUCACUGGAACAAAUUGAUGUCACCCUGAAGUGGUAUAAGGACCUGAUACCUUCAGUAUUUCUUCCCCACUCCCAAAUAUUCAUAGGUCUUCUUCAAGCAGUGGAUGUGGCCAAUAGGUUAGAAAUGGUUCCUCAGAUUUGGAAAGACAGUAAAGAAUAUGGCCAUACUUUUCGAGGUGCCCUAAGAGAAGAAGUGUUGAUGCUCAUGGCCAGGGAUAAACAUUCACCAGAGCUUCAGGUUGCAUUUGCUGACUGUGCUGCUGAUAUCAAAUCCACAUAUGAAAACCAGGAUGCCCGGCAGACAGCUCUUGAUUGGCCAGCCAACCCUUUACAUUAUAUAGCCUUCCUUUUUUUAAGAGGGGGCAGAACCCAGGAAGCCUGGGAGGUUGACCACACUAUGAAGCAGGCUGUGAUGAUUGGCGCAGGGGUACGGACCUCAGCUGAGUCAUGGGAGCUGAAUGUAUGUGCUCUGCCUCUGUCUUGCAUGUGGAAAAUGUUGACACUUUUCAGAAAGCAUAAUAAGAUUCCCAGAAAUGAGUUGCUGGAGGAAUUUAUGGACACAGCAAAAGCAUCCAGUAGCACUACUCUGGCCAUUGAGGUUGUCAGGCUGGCAAGUGCCUUUAGCUUGCCUAUUAGUGAGAGCCUUGCCCAAAGAGUAAUGAUGGAUUUCACAGUUGACCCAGAGCAAAAAGAAGCCCUGAGUAACCUCACUGCACUGAACAGUAGUGAUGGAGAAAGCAGCAGUGACAGUGACAGUGACAUCAGUGAAAACAAAUGAAAGGAAGAAGUGGCUCACAAUAGCUGCUAGAAUGUUAGAAGUGGUAAAAUACACAGAUACAGGGCUGGCAUCUAAUAGAAGUUCCUUUGUAUUACACUGGCCUAAACACAAGACCCCUUGGAAAUGCAAGGGGGGGGGGGGUGUUCAUUUGCAGUACCGCAAGGUGCACAUCUGGCCAAUUUUUUGCCAAGACAGCAACAAGCACUGUGAAGUCUGACUUUUGGGGAACAAAUCCCACAUACUGCAGACCUUCCUCAUUCCUACUACACCCAUCAUUUUAGAACCCACAGGCCUUUGCUGCCUACCUUCUGUGUGCAGUUUAACUGACGAGAGACAAGAGUUUAAACUGGUUUUCAUGAAGAUGCCUACUUGCUGUUGAGUUGAUCAUAUCCCAGUUUGGGGAGUACUUAAAAAGAUGGAUGGUCUUAGGACUAAUUAAAUCAGAAGCAAGCUACUGGUUUUGGCUGCCCAAAUGGUAAAAUCAUUAAAUAAAGCAAUUGUGUUAUUCUUAAAAAUCUAA